AUGAAGUCGCGGCGGGCCGGCGCCAGCGCAGUGGGGGUGGCCAUACUCCUAGUCGCCAGCACGUGGUCUCAAGCCUUCAUCACAAGCCCGGGCCAUUUCUGGACACAGUGCCCUAGGCACAGGGCGGAUCAUCCAACUUGCCGCGGAGCGCAAGAGGCCGCGUUGGCGGAAAAGCAGCUGAUGCCUGGCGAUGCCGUGCGUGUCUUGCAUCCUGAACGCCAAGAGUGGUGUGAAGGCGUCAUCCAGGCGGUGAAAGCAGAGGGCCUCUACUCCGUAAAAGCGGACAUGCCGGACAGAGAUUCCGAGUGGCUCACCGUGGAAGAGGACGAGCUUGAGCCCAUGUUCGUCUACAAGGACUUCCGCAAAGGUAACCGAGUCCUCUUCGUGCUGCAGGGGGUCGGAGCAACGCGUGCGAGGGUCAAGGACGUCCAGCCGCGAGGCAUGUAUGUUGUUACUUAUCGGAGACCUGGUGGUCCCGCGGUGGAAACCAUCGUGCACGCCAAGGACAUGCGACUACAGACCAGCGACCUCCGCCCCUCUCAGAAAUGCACCGGCAAGAUCCACGCGAUCGACGAGGAGUCUGAGUUUGCCAUGAUCGACAUGGGUACGGAAGCUUAUGGAAAGCUGAGCUUGAGAGAGGUUCCGGAGGAUCUCUACAUCGGGCAGGAAGUUGAGGUGAAGAUUGUGCGAAUCCACCUCAAGGACCAAAGCAUUCAGGUCGCUUGGGCCGGGGAGCGGCGGCGGCCUGCACGGAAGGGGGGCGCAGUGGAUCGACGGCCGAUCAGGAUGAAGAUGAGAUUCAAUGCCUUCGCAGACAUCCCGACCACAAAGUGGCUGGAUGGGAAGGUGAUGGCGUUGCUUGAGUACGGAGCGAUGGUGCGAGUUUGGCUGGAUCCAGAGAAGUUUGCGGAUG